CACAAACCCCCAGGGUUGAGGUAACCACCAGGUUGGGCUUGGGAUGGGAUCCAGUAACAAGCAUGGGAUCCUCCGGCCCCCUCCUCCUCCUCCUCCCCCUCCUCGCCUGUGCCCUUGUGCUCUCCUACACCCAAGAGUGGCAGCAGCAGCAGCAGCAGCAGCCAUUGGAUGUGGCGCCCCCGCCGCAAUGCGACAUCUCCGCGGGCAGCUGGGUGUAUGACCGCUCCUACCCUCUCUACCGCGCCUCGGACUGCCCUCUUGUGGAGCAAGGCUUCAGGUGCCAGGACAACGGGCGGCCCGACAGCAGCUACACCAAGUGGAGAUGGAAGCCGUCACAAUGCCACAUUCCCAGCUUCAAUGCGGCGCGUAUGCUCCAGCUGCUGCGAGGCCGCCGGAUCGCGUUCGUAGGCGACUCCAUGGGCCGCACGCAAUGGGAAUCUCUCGUCUGCAUGCUGCUCACCGCCGUCGCCGACAAGUCGUCCGUGUGGGAGGUGAACAACCGGACGAUCACCAAGCGUGAGCCCUACCUGGCGUUCCACUUCGCCAUGCACAAGGUGACCGUGGAGUACCACCGCUCCCCGUUCCUGGUCCAAGAGUCUCCGCCACCCAAGCACGCCCCCAGGAGAGUGCGCUCCAUCCUGCGCCUCGACCAGCUGGAAGCGUCGCGCACACGCUGGGCGGACGCGGACGUGCUCGUCUUCAACUCUGGUCAUUGGUGGAAUCCUUCCAAGACGCGCCAAGUGGGCUGCUACUUUUACGUGGGGAACACCCUGCGCCUCGGGAUGAAGCUGGAGGCUGCUUAUCAAGCAGCACUCAACACAUGGGCUCGCUGGGUAGACAGCCUCGUCGACACCAACAAGACUCGCGUUCUCUUCCGGAGCCUCGAGCCUUCGCACUGGGACUGGCCGAGGAAGCGAUGCUCCUUCCAGAGGCAACCAAAUGCCAGCAGCCUCGCCGCCCCCAGCAGCAUCCCGCAGCUGGCAUUGAACCGGAUCCUCCAUCGAGUUGUCCAGGGCAUGAACAAGAGCGUGGAAGUCCUCAACAUCACCACAUUGUCCCACUCGAGAAGCGAUGCUCACGUUGGCCGCUGGAGCCCAGGACAGCCCCCUCUCGACUGUAGCCACUGGUGCCUCCCCGGCGUGCCAGACACAUGGAACCAACUUCUCUACGCCACCCUGCUCAGCAACAAGAACAACAGAGUCGCUACCUCCUCAAACUGAACCCACUUGUUUAUGCUCAAGGUUAUCGGAUAUGUCGACUACACACAAAAAAGGCUCCCCCACCUAGCCUAGUUGAUUGUGGCAAGCAGGUCCCCCACUUUGCAAAAGCAAUGCUUUUCGCUUGUGCCAAAGUUGACCUGCAAUUCCAACCAUUAGUCGA